AACUUGCUUCUUACUACUUAGUACGACGACGACGCGCAAAAGAGAGGUGAUACGUAUACAAAUACCAAUACCCGGCCCUAACUCUCUCUCUCUGUGUCAUAUCUCCAGCAUACAACAGACAACAAUAAGGAAGAAGGACGAAGCCAGCUAGAACUACCCCGCCAUUCCGCAGACUUCCACCAGAAUACAACGACAAAACAGAACAGAACAGAACAGGAGCAGAAAUCAAAAUCAAAAUGUCCACAGAACAAGAUCAUACGUAUAAGUUCAACGUCAGUAUGAGCUGUGGGGGGUGCUCAGGCGCUGUUAAUAGAGUCUUGGGAAAGUUGGAGGGCGUAAAAUCCUAUGACGUCUCCCUCGACACCCAAACCGCUACCGUCGUCACUGAACCCUCUCUCUCAUACGAUAAAGUCCUUGCUACAAUUGCUAAGACGGGGAAGAAGGUUAAUACGGGAGAGGCGGAUGGUGAGAGGAGGAGUGUGGAGGUUGCUGCUGCUUAGGGGGGGGAAGGUAGAGGAGA